AUGUGGGAGGAGAAACCGGAUGUUGAUGAAGCGAAACCCAUAGUCCACCAACAGAUAGGCUACGCGGCCGACAAGCUCCUUUCUGACCCCGCAAAGGCCAUCAUCGCUGAGAUCCUCGAGCCCGAAGCCGAUGGCAGCCUAGGCCGGAUCGGCGCUUGGGCCGACGCCCACCGCGGCACACCUGAGGGCUCGCACACAGCGCCCUGGCACUUCAUCAACCCGGGCGACCAGCCGCCCAGCUUCUGCAAUGUAUAUUUCCACCGCGACUGCACCUCCGAUGGAUGCAUUGUUAGCGCCAUCGGCAAUGAGACCCAGAUCCUCAAGUCAUGCAUCCGGGACGUCAAGGAGGGCAGACUCGAAAGCGGCGCCAACGCCACGUGUGCGAACGCGGCCAAGUUCAUCACCCAUUUCAUCAUGGAUAUCGCCCAGCCCAUGCACGUCACCGGCCAGGCGAGGGGCGGGAACGACAUUCCCGUUCUGUUUGGAGGUGUCCAGACCAACCUACACUCCAUCUGGGACGGCCGCAUCGUCUACACUCUGGCAGGCCACGAGCCAGGAACGGGGUUUGGAAACGAAACCAUCGAUCCGUUCUUCGAGGCCAUGGUUCACAAGAUCCAGGAGGAUUCCUACUUUGUCCCGACCAAGUCGUGGCUGUCCUGCGCCGACCCGUCCACGGCUCUUGACUGCCCGCUCGAGUGGGCCCGCGACGCGAACCAGUGGAACUGCGACUACGCCUUCUCGCAGACCGUAGGGAACGGGACCGACCUCCUCUACAGCGGCUACGCUGCCGGAGCCUGGCACAUCGCCGAGGUCCAGAUGGCCAAGGCGGUCCUGCGCAUUGCCACGUGGUUCAAUCGCCUUGCCGACUGUCAAUUGAAGGAGAGGGACGUUAUCAUCAAUCUUGUCCCGAGUUGGAGUGGUGGUCCCAAUGGAGGUGCAUGA